ACGUAUCUCGUCAAUAGGCAGGCAGAGAUCCAUAGACCUUUCCUAAUACCAUCAGACCCAGUCCCAGACUUUGCAUCGGUUGACAUCACCGCGGAAGCACAACCUGGAUCUCGAAAAUGGGAGCCCUACUAUCUUUGCCUCUCCUCGGCGGAGGCAUAGCGACGAUCGGGUCGAGCCUCUUUUCCGGUUUCAUGCUCUUCAUGGGAGGAUCAGCCGCUUCAGCUUUCUGCAAGAGCUGCAACUGUAAUUCCAGUAUCGCAACUCGAGUCGGCUUUGGUUUGAUCUUUGCUUUAGCGGCCAUGAUGGCCUAUGUCUCGAGGACGGACAUGGCUAUCAGGCAGAUCGAGAAGCUUAGUUGGGAUUGGAUCAAGAUGGACUGCUCAGGAGGAAAGUGUUACGGGCUGUUGGCUGUUCACCGAUUCGAGUUUGCGCUCGUCAUCUUCCACUCUAUCCUCGCUCUUUUGUUGCUCGGCGUCAAAUCUACCAAAGCCAAGCGGGCCGCGGUGCAGAACGGCUGGUGGGGUCCGAAGCUGUUGUCAUUCUUCCUGCUCAGCUUCCUGGCUUUCCUGAUCCCCAACGAAUUCUUCAUGUUCUACGGCCGUUACAUCGUACCCAUCGGAGCCUUUUUCUUCAUCCUCAUCGGGCUGGUCCUCUUGGUCGACUUUGCGCACACCUGGUCGGAGACUUGUCUCGACCGCUGGGAAUCGUCAGAGACGCAAUCCAACCUCUGGCAAUUUAUUCUCGUCGGAUCGACCUUUGGUCUCUAUCUCGGCGCGAUCAUCAUGACAACGGUACUCUACAUCUUUUUCGCCGGGUCAGGGUGCGGAACCAACACCUUCUUCAUCACCUUCAACUUGAUCCUGUCGAUCAUGGCGACACUAUUGUCAAUCGCGCCUCCCGUUCAGGAAGCCAACCCGAAAUCUGGUCUCGCUCAGGCUUCCAUGGUCGCAGCUUACUGUACCUACUUGACCGCCUCGGCCGUCGCCAACCACAACGACGACGGACACGGCGAGUGUAACCCGUUACACCGAUCCGGCACCAAGAAGACUACCAUCCUGCUCGGCGCCUUGUUCACCUUCCUCGCCAUCGCGUAUUCCACCUCGAGAGCUGCCACGCAGAGCAAGGCCCUGGUCGGCAAGGGAAAGACCGUCGGGCCGAUCGCUCUGCCCGAUGGAGACGGCGAGAUGAUGGACGAAGAGGGUCAUGUCCGUAUGGUCACCAGUCAGCCCAAGCCUAGGAAGGACGAGAUGAGGUAUCAAGCUAUCAAGGCGGCUGUCGAUGCGGGCGCCCUUCCGGCUUCUGCAUUGGACGAGCCGGAAUCCGAUGACGAGGACGAAGUGACUGGCGUUGAGAGGGAUGACGAGAGGAGUGGGACCAAGUACAACUACUCCUGGUUCCAUGUCAUCUUUGUGAUGGCGGCCAUGUAUGUGGCGGGCCUGUUGACCGAUUGGCGCGUGGUCUCCACCAUCUCGGCGAGCGCUUCCGGCAACGACGAACCCGACGUCUACAUCGGUCGAUCAGAGGCUGCUAUGUGGAUGAGGAUCGUCAGUAGCUGGAUUUGUUACGGAAUCUACGCCUGGAGCUUGCUGGCUCCUCUGGUGUUGCCGGAUCGAUUUGGUUACGAGUAAAUGUUGUGUUUAGCAGUGUUGUCUAGUCGAGGCGAAGCGUUGUAUACUAGAUCUAGUCGAACGAUCGUUGAACGUGCUGUGACAACAAAAGAUUAGGAACAAAGAAAGGAAAUAGCAUCCGACGCGUCACGAAAGGACCCGGAGAAGCCAUCAGUUUGAGGUUUGACCACGACUUGCUUUGACCAAAGGAUGUAUAUAUGUAUAUUAUUAUUGUAUAUAUGCAACUCUA